CUCACACACUUAUAUUUUCACCAUUCUAUAGCACACAACACAACACAAGCACAUAGCAUGAUACUCCUUCUUGAGUAACCAGCGCCUCCGCAAAACCCAAAACCACCACCACACAACCACUCUCUCAUUUCAUCAACAACAAUACACACUAGGGUUUCUCAUUCCCAAACGACACCGUUUUAAACAACAACAUUAUAACCCUUCCGACGCUAUUUCUUUCUUCGUUUAUUUAUCAAUGGCUACCGCUCCUGCACCAGUCAAGUCUCAACCACUUCACAAUUUCUCUCUCCCUUUCUUGAAAUGGGGAGGAACUGGUAAGAAUCACACCAACACCAGUAACCAUCAACGUUCCCGUCGUCAUUCCGAUCACGUUUCCGAACCGGACUCCGAACCUGACUCUCGUCCUCACCGACUCGGAUCCCGAACCGCUAGGAACCGAUUCGGAGGAGUAUCUUCUUCAUCAUCGCAAAGACAACCUCCACCGUCUUCCAACAACGAAGCGGAUGAUGAUAAUGAUGAUGAUGAUGAUGCUGGAGAGAAGAAGCAAGAGGUUGAAGAUGAACUUGACGCGGUGGUGGUCGGAGUUGAGGAGACAGUGCAGAAGCCGUGGAAUUUGAGGCCGAGGAAAUCUAUUAGAGGAGGGUUUGAGAUCGGAAACGGAGGUUCUAGAAAUCAGAAUAGUAACAACGGUGGUGAAUUGCAGGAAACGGUUAACGGUGAGAGUCCGGCGGUGCCGAAAUCGCUUCGGCUUAGGGGUUUUGCUGAUACGAGCUGUGGUGAGAAGAAGGAAAAGAGGAAAUUCUGGAUCGCUCUUUCGAAGGAAGAGAUCGAAGAAGAUAUUUUUGUGAUGACUGGUUCUAGGCCCAAUCGUAGGCCCAGAAAGAGGCCCAAGAAUGUUCAGAAACAAAUGGAUAAUGUUUUUCCUGGAUUAUGGUUAGUGGGUAUAACUGCUGAUGCUUAUAGGGUAGCUGAUACACCAACAAAGAGGUAGAGAAGAUGUGAAGUGAAUUGGAGCUUGUAAAUGGGGUAAUGGGAAUGAGGUAUAAAAGUGAAGAAUUUUGUAAAGAGAAAAUGAGAAGGAAAUGUUGGAGAUAUUGGAUGGAAUUGGAGAGAAUUGAAGAUGCUAAUGUUUUAUUUAACAAUGGUUUACUUUAGUUGGUUUAUUUUUGUUACUUGUUCAUCUUAGUGGUAGUGGUAGACUGGUAGUAGUAUAUUUUGCUGGAUGGAAAGAAAUAUAUAUAAGUAUAUAUAGUUUAAUUAAUAGGGUAAGAGUCUAUUAUAUUAUUGUUACAAUGAUAAUGAUAAUUUCAGAGGUUAUGUUUGGAAUUUGCUAUUUUUGGGGCGAUUAUAUGAAUGAAAUCUGAUGCGUUCACUUGA